AUGGCUCGCAUACUUAUUACAGGCUCAUCUGACGGGCUGGGCUCCCUCACUGCCCGGGCCCUGGUCAAGAGAGGGCAUUCCGUGGUCCUGCACGCGAGGAACGACCAACGAGCCCACGACGCAAGGGCCGCCUGUCCAGGCGCCGAGACCUGUGUUGUCGCCGAUCUCUCCGACAUUUCACAGACUAAGAAGAUGGCUCAAGAUAUCAAUAGCCUUGGGGCUUUUGACGCAGUCAUCCAUAAUGCCGGUCUCUACACAGGCCCCUUCCGAAGGACCAAGGAGGGUUGGCCCAGCAUCUUCGCAGUCAACACGCUAAGCCCCUAUAUUCUCACCUGCCUGAUGGAACCUAAGCCGAAGCGACUCGUUUUCGUCUCAUCCGGCCUUCACAGUGGUGGUGACCCAACGUGCAAGGAUAUCACAUGGCAAGAUCGUGGGGAGAAAGGCUUUAGGGAUUUCCAGGCAUACUCAGACACCAAGCUGCAUGAUAUCCUGCUGUCGUGUUUUUUCGCAAGGAGAUGGCCUGAUGUCAAGAGUAACUCAUUGGACCCAGGUUGGGUGGCGACCAAGAUGGGUGGUGCUGGGGCGACAGGAGACAUUAAAGCUGCGGUCGAUACCUAUGUGAUGCUUGCCGAAGGAACAGCCGAGGCGAAGGAUGUCUCUGGCAAGUACUGGUAUCACUGUAAGAUAAAGUCGCCGAAGCGGGAAGCAACCGAUGAGACUGUUCAAGGAAACCUCGUCAAACAAUUGGAAGAACUCACGGGAGUCAAAGCUCCCUAA